CCCGAGGGGAAAAAGGAAAGAUUCGACAGAAGACACUUGGAGCGAGUGCCAGGUGAAAAUCCUCUCCUUCCUCUGCUGUCGCUCAUUACUUGUUCAUUUUUUCUCGUAUCUCAUCUUUCUUUUUCUAACUCUCCCCACCACUCUUUACUCGGCUUUGUUUCUUUUCUUUUUCUCAAUUGAUUACACAGUACACCGUCACUACAUUCGUUUAUCUCGAUUGGCGCUGUCAUAUACUCCUAGUUGACCUAUCUGAGUAACUUACCACUAAGCUACAAACUAGUCCCGUCUCCUUGCGUUCGGCCUUCUGUUCGGUUAUCGUGACGUGAUAACGUUUCUCCCCUGCACCAUCCGUGGAACACUCCGAGUCGAGGCUACAAAUAGACACUCGCCGUCUUGCGACCUCUUUCCCCACCUUUUCUUUGCAUGUGAGGCCCGCUCCCUGGCUUUCCUGGCGCAAACGGCACCCAAAGACUGCAACAUGGCGCCUUCAUCGCAUCAAACGAAGCGAUUCAUCUCCGUGAUAGCAGCAACGGUGGUUGCGCUCGCCUGUGGGACGAAUUAUGCAUACUCCGCAUGGGCGCCUCAGUUCGCGCAACAGAUGAAAAUCUCAGCAACGAAAAGCAACUUCAUCGGUGCUGCGGGAAAUCUGGGCAUGUAUGCGUCAGGCAUCCCGUUGGGACUGUUGACCGAUGCUCGGGGCCCCCGUCUGACGACCUUCUUGGGAGCUAUCACUCUCGGCUUGGGCUAUUAUCCCAUCUAUCUGGCACAUGAGGGCGGGCCAGGCUCUCUCAGCACCAUUUUCUUGGCCUUCUUCAGUUUCCUGACCGGCUUCGGCAGUGCCUCGGCAUUCUCAGCAUCUAUCAAGACUUCGGCGUCGAAUUUCCCCGAGCACCGUGGAACGGCGACUGCGUUUCCGUUGGCGGCCUUCGGCUUAAGCGCCUUCUUCUGGUCGACGAUAUCCAGCGUUCUCUUCAAGGAUGACACUGGUCGCUUUCUCCUCCUGUUGGCUCUGGGAACUUGUAUUCUGAACCUGAUCUCGAUCCCGUUUCUCCGAAUCCUCCCACCCGUAGACUCGUACAUGUCACUCGGCCGAGACCGGUCGCCCGGAGUGGAAUCACGUCGGCUGCGCAAAGCGAGGUCCAACGAGCUGCGACCCGGCCAUGACGAUUCUGAUGAAGCAGGUACGCAUAGAUAUAAUAUCUCUAACUCCCCACCCCCGGGCCAUACCAGGUCGCAAUCGAACGCGUCGAACCAUACUGCCCUCAACCACAACCCCGAUGUUAACGAGACCUCUUCCCUGGUUCCCAAAGUCCCAUUCAGAACGUCCCACGAAUCCCUACCUGAGCAUGAAGAGGAGGAGCUUGAAGAGGAUGCCAUGUCUGAUGUUGCUCCCGACUCACCUCAUCCAGACGUCAGAGGCUUGGCGAUGCUUUCAAGGGUCGAGUUCUGGCAGCUCUUCCUGACUAUGGCGCUGCUGUCUGGCAUCGGCCUGAUGACGAUCAAUAACAUCGGAAACAGCGCCAAGGCACUUUGGAAAUAUUACGAUGACAGCGCAAGCUCGAAGUUCAUCCAGCAGCGACAGGUCAUGCAUGUCUCGAUCUUGUCUUUUGGCAACUUCACCGGUCGUCUGUUGAGUGGGAUCGGCUCGGAUCUUCUGGUUAAGAAGUUGAACAUGUCCCGCUUCUGGUGCCUGUUCAUGUCCGCUCUGGUUUUCACCAUCACCCAGCUCGCCGGGUCGUCGAUCUCGAACCCCCACCAGCUGGUCAUCGUGUCGGGCUUCACGGGCAUCGCCUACGGGUUCCUCUUCGGCGUGUUUCCCUCCCUGGUCGCGCACAACUUCGGCAUCAACGGCCUCUCGCAGAACUGGGGCGUCAUGACCAUGGCCCCGGUUCUCAGCGGCAACGUGUUCAACCUGAUCUAUGGGCACACCUACGACCAUCACUCCGUGGUUGGCCCGGACGGCGACCGGGAAUGCCCGGAUGGGCUGGCCUGCUACCAGGCUGCUUACUACACUACGUUCUUCUCCGGCUUGGCCGGACUGAUUGUGUGCCUGUGGACGAUCCUGCGCGAGAGGCGCAUCCACGGCGCAAUGCGGAAGAAGGUCGAGCAUGAUCGACUGGCUUGAGGGCUGCGUCUGGUAAUACAAGUACCACCCAACCGUGCGAGCUAGCCUUUUGAGAAGGCUAUUCCCACAGUUCAACCUGCAUGAGCGACCUGGCCAUUUCUCAGUCUUUGCGUAUGUAAUACCCAGGGUCACUUCUAUACGAGAAGUCCAUAGGAGAGUCUGAUUAUUGAGAAGGUUUGCUGAAUGUCUAUGAUGUGGUGGUGACUAUAGAUUUGUUCAGUCUAGACUAGAGUUUUCUCAUAGAUGGUUUUUAUAGACUACUAAGCCUAUCGAAUGAUUUUCAAGUAGCUGUCCGGGCACGACGAAUGUCCUUUCC